CUGCAUCUGGAAUCUUUCUUGCUAACAAUGUUUGGACUGCACGUUACAUAAUGGAGGGUGACGGCAUAUCUCUUGCUGACGAUGUGUGGAUUUUACGUUACAUUGCGGAGAUGGUGGCUUCGAAGUACGAGCUGGUGGUUUUUGACCCAAAUAUGAUUCCGGGCUAUGAUAUGGAGGCCGGGAUACGGAUGAAGUUCAGCACCCAGUCCAUGAGAAAUGCAAGGGGUUAUAAAGAGGCCAAGCGGGCUGUAGAUAAGCUGGAGAUGAUGCACGCUCUUUCAGGCGAAGGCAAUAAUGAGUUUAAGAUUCUUCCAUACUUUGAUGCUCCAGUUGAAGCUGAUGGCAGGGCGAGACCAAGUGCGUUUGUUAUUGAUAUUAGGAUGCCUCCAUCUCAUGAGAUGGACCCCUACCUUAUAACUUCCAGGAUUGCCAGAACCGUCCGUCUGUGGAAACCUACCAUCCCUGAGAUUCUUGCUGCCAAAUCUCACACCGACCCCUUCCUCCGUGCUGUAAGAUCAACUUGGAGUAAGUUGAAGCGUCUUCGGACAUGUUGAUCUUCUGCCUCGAGAUUAGCAGCUGUUUGGUGUCGUUGAUGAUGUGAUGAACAAUAUUAUGAUUACCUUUUUGGUGGAGAAACUGUCAUAUGACUAGAUAAC